UAUUGGGAAACAACGAAAUGCAAAAAGCGACCUACUACGACAGCUCUGCGAUCUAUGGAGGCUAUCCCUACCAAGGAGCAAAUGGUUUCGCUUACAAUGCUAGUCAGCAGCAAUAUCCUCCACCUUCUGCUUCUGGGCUGGUGGAAACUGAGUACCAUCGACCUGCAUGUUCUUUGCAGUCUCCCGCCGGCACCAACAGCACUGUGUCCCAUCACAAGGCCAAUGAAAUCAGCGAGAGUUGUAUGAGGACCAUCCCCAGCCAGUCUCUCCAGCCCCCAACCCUACCAGAACAGCCCCAGCAACAGCCUCCGACCCAGCAGGCACCACCACUGCCCCCUCCUCCUCCCCCCUCCGUGUCGCCACCUCAAAAUGCCACUGCCAACAGCACCCCUUCCAAUGCCACAAAGAGCUCCAUCCUGAACUCACCUACCAUGUCCAAACAAAUCUUUCCCUGGAUGAAAGAAUCUCGGCAAAACACCAAGCAGAAAAACAGCAGCUCCAGUUCAGGUGAGAGUUGUGCUGGUGAUAAAAGCCCCCCAGGGCAAGCUUCUUCUAAAAGAGCUCGCACAGCUUACACCAGUGCCCAGCUGGUAGAACUGGAAAAGGAGUUCCACUUCAAUAGAUACCUUUGCAGGCCAAGAAGGGUAGAGAUGGCUAACCUCCUAAAUCUCACUGAAAGACAAAUCAAAAUAUGGUUUCAGAAUCGCAGGAUGAAAUACAAAAAGGAUCAGAAGGGCAAAGGCAUGAUGACCUCUUCCGGAGGACAAUCCCCAAGCAGAAGUCCUGUCCCUCCAGCUGCUGGAGGCUACCUGAAUUCUAUGCAUUCCCUCGUCAACAGUGUUCCAUAUGAGCCCCAGUCACCGCCAUCUUUCAGCAAGACCCAUCCGAAUACCUAUAGCAUCACUACAUCCUAUUCGGCUCCUAUCAAUAACUGCCCUCCUCCUCAAAAGAGGUACGCCGGAACUGCAGCAGUGACUCCUGAAUACGACCCCCACUCUCUUCAAGGCAAUGGUUAUGGCAAUCCGCAUAUACAGGGAAGCCCCGUCUAUGUUGGGGGCAAUUAUGUGGAUACCAUGGGAAAUUCAGGACCAUCUAUUUUUGGUCUAACUCAUCUCCCUCAUCCAUCCUCUGCCAAUAUGGACUAUAGUGGGGCAAUGGGCAACAACCAUCAUCACGGACCUUGUGAUCAGCACCCAACAUACACAGAUCUUACUUCUCACCAUCCUUCUCAGGGAAGAAUUCAGGAAGCACCCAAACUGACCCAUCUGUAAUGUAACAUUGGUUAUACAGUGAGUCUUAAAAGCUUCCCAAGUUUUUUUUUAAAGAAAUUGGGGGGGGGGACCCAACUUUUAAUCCCCCCCACUGCGCUACCCAAUACAAACAGUUUUAUUUGCUUUUGGGUUUUAUUCUGAUGUGUUUUCCUUUUGGUAAAAUGCGUUUUCCAGUCUAUGUGACGUAGCAAUAUUUGUUGCUUGAAUUGCUCUCUAGUUUCAAUAGUGGAUAUUUAUCUUCUUGAACUCUUGCCUUGUGAUCUUGCUUUGAGAGUAUACAUAGGCUUUAUACUCUUACCUUUGACUCUUUUAUCAAAACAGGGUAUUAUGAACAAAUUUUCUAUACAGACAGUUCUUAAAUGUGAAUUUGUUCCUACAAAAUCAAUCCCAUCUGGGAAACAUUUUUUAUUUUAAUUGCACUUCUUUUAGAUAAUAAGAAAAAGGGCGCUUGAACAGGGGCUCCUGAGCAAAAUGAUUAAUACGUGUACGUCUUUAAUCGUGUGUAUGCUGGUGAACUUUCAGAUUUAUUUAUAUUUUUUGGAAUAAUCUAAGUGUUUAAAUUUUUUAUUUAUCCCCAUCUGUUCAUAUUUAUAUAUAUGAAGAUAUUAAAAAUAAACUUCUUUACCCUGAGUAUUCAGGAAAUAUUGACUGGCUGUAUGUUCAAUGGCAUACAAAGAGAAUAUCAUUUGAAAAAGGAACCAGAAUUCUUUUAUUUUUUAAAAAUAAAUAAUGCAAUAAAAUAUGGAAAACAACACAUCAAAGUAGGAAAGUAAUGGAGAUCUAUAGAUAAUCUAAUUAGAAAACGGGUAAACUGGGAUCUGAUAACAAAGGAUCAUGGUUUUGUUUUCAAAAGGCACUUCUUAAAACUAACUUACUAAAUAAAAGCUUUUAUUCUGAGUAAUAGAAAUUUAUGAUAAAUCAUUUGAAUGCCACCCUCCAGUCCGAAUCCAAAGACAAAAGGAGCGAGUAAAAGAACAUCGGGAACGAUUGAGCCCCCUGAGUUUUAAAUGCACGGCCAAGCUUUUAAAUCCGCUUCCCAGACCUCUCUUCCUUCUGACUGGACUUUUAAAGCUGCCAAAAUUUUAAGUAUUUCCAGAAGGUAGGCGCUCUUCUCUGUCGCCUUAAUAUCGAACAAAGCCUCCUCCAGCACCAUCAAGGCUGGUCGAGCAAGCGUUCUGGUGGUUCGCGUUUGACUCCAGACCCAGAGACAGAGUAAUUUUCCUGAGUCAGCGCUUGCCUGGCGACCUCCCCAAAGAAGAGCCGCACUAUACAUGGCGCUUAAACUGUUCCAAGCUGGAAAAGAUCCUGAUUUCUGACCGUGGCUGAUUGUCGGCAUCUCUCUUUGCAGAUUUGUUUUUUUGUCCAAGGUGGUCUCAGUCUCUCGUCUUGUCCACGGCUGUUCUCUUCAAAGUGGUGGACUCUGCUCCAAGCUAGCGAGCUGGGGGAGAAACAAAGGCUGUUUCUGGAGGAGCCUCUUCUUCGAAAGAAGAAGCUCAGGUGCUUCAACAUUUCUCUGGAGGCCGCAGGCUGCCCGGCUGCAGGCUGUUUUCCCCUGUUGGCUGGGGAGGCUCUCGAUUUCUUCUCGCCUCCGCGCGAGGGGAAACGAUCGGAGCUUGUUUUACCCGCACGCUUUGCCCCACGGGACAAAAUGGACAAUCGAGAAACGGUGGUGGGCAAGUCUCGUUGUUUUCCUAAAGAGAACGAAACUGAAUUAAGAGUCCGUGGACUUAAAACGAGCGUGUGGGCUCAUGUUUGGUAUGGCAUGGAUUCAAAGCACAUUUGUUUACAGGCAUAUACAAUUUAUCAUCCCAGUAAUGAAGAAACGGAUUCCGCGACAAUAAAUCUGUUCGCGAAGCGACGUGGUCAGCUUUGAAAGAGCUAAACCUUAUAGUUCCCCUCCACCAACUAGGCUGCUUCCCCUCUCUGGCUACAGGAAUUGCGGAAUUGUUAUCAUUCCCGCACAUCUUGUUAAUCUAAUUUCCUUUCACAUCCCAAUCUUUCUCAUUCUUUCUAGAAGGGGUUAGGGGGAGGGGGAGAAUAGAAAAAAUCAUUUAUAUAAUAUAGGUGAAUGUAUAGAACCCCUCCCACUCAUAAAUACAUACGCAUACACAAUUUCUAAACAAGCUUUUGAUGCAGCCCUACCAGAUCCUUUCUGUCCCUCAAAUACAUCUGUGCUAACAAACAUGGAGAAUCCAUAGAUGGAACCAUUCCCCCCACCUUUAUUUCCAAACAUAGAAAACAUGUAAUUUUAACACGGGGUUUAUUGCCUGUCUUGAAUUUGUUUAGGAAGACCUCAGUAUGUAUAUGUAUAUGUAUAUGUAUAUGUAUAUGGGGGAUAUGCCACCGUAUGAUCUGGUUAUUUUGUUUAAUCUCAAUAAAUUUGCCAUCAUAUUGGUU